AUGUUGUUUACUCGUGAUGGAAGUAAUAGUGAAUUUAAUCCUUACCACUACGCGCCAGCAAAGUGGGCGUCAGUUCUCGGUGCUAUACUAUUCUCUUCGGUGGCUAUCGCACAACUAUGGCUUUUCUUCCGUGGUCGAUCAUGGCUCUUUUGGGCGAUGAUAAUUGGAGUUCUAAUGGAAGCAUUAGGCUUUUGUACUCGAGCAUUUUCGGUUUACAACCUCACUGAGAGUGGUCGGUGGGCCUACAUUGUUAGCCUCUUGUGCCUUGUUCUUGCGCCUUCGUUCAUCGCUGCAGCAUGCUAUGUCACAUUCGGCCGUAUUGUAUGGCUAGUAGCUCCAAGAGACGAACGGAAUUUCAAGACCCUUUGGUUUCCUCCUCGAUUCGUCUCAAUAAUCUUCGUCCUGUUCGAUAUUGGAGCCUUUUUGAUACAGCUCAGUGGUGCAACGGAGUUAUCGUCUGCCGUUAUUCAAGACGACAUAUCAGCCAAGGAAGCAGCUGAUAAAACCCGCCGUGGAGUCACUAUACUUCGCGUCGGAUUGAUAUUACAGUUGAUUUGCUUUGGACUGUUUGUCAUUGUGGGUUCGAGGUUUAUCAUCAUCAGUCGUCGGUGGACUGAUCGGCCGUUGCAAUAUGAUGUGCCUUCAACGCGAUGGCAGCGCCUUAACUGGACUACGAAUGCUGCUGCUACAGUGAUCAUGAUUCGAGCCUUUUACCGUAUCUUCGAGUUCUCAUCAGACAUUGGUAAACCUAGCUACCUCGAGAGACAUGAAUGGACAUUUUGGUUGCUAGACGGCAUACCAGUAUUCGCCUGCUUAGUGGCCUUCACGCUGUUCCAUCCGUCUAAGUAUCUGCCCUCACAAUUCCAGACUUUACGAAUGAGUAAAAGAAGAUUUCUCAAGCAAGAAGAGAGCCAACGGCGUGUUCAAGAUCUCAACCAGGACAUAGAAAUGAGAUAG